AUUCUAUUCUCAUAUAUAUUUGACAUUUAAAACAAUCAGUGCCCGAAUUUUUAUUUUACGCUCCGCGUAAAAAAGUUAUGUUCAACAGCGGAAUAUAUUAUCGUAAUGGAAUAUUUCUCUGUCAAAAAAGAUGAUGUUAGUACGUCACAAAAAUCCAAGAUCGGUUUAUUUUUGAUCGCAGUCACAGGUGGAAUUGCAACAGCGAUUAGCGUCGUGUGCUUUCCAUUUAUAAGCCCUGCGUUUCGUAAGAUAUGUUUGCCAUAUGUACCAGCCACGCAUCAACAAAUAAAAAAUGUCAUUCAAGCAUUAAAUGGUCGCUCUGGUUCCUUAAUUGAUCUUGGUAGUGGAGAUGGACGUAUUGUUCUUGCAGCAGCAAAGCAUGGUUUUAAGGCUCAUGGUAUUGAAUUAAAUACCUGGCUGGUAUGCUAUUCAAAAUUUAAAGCAUUGAUUAAUGGUUUAUCAAAUGAUACUGCAUUUUUCAAGCAGGAUUUAUGGAAAUAUAAUUUGAAAAAAUAUAAUAAUAUUGUUAUAUUUGGUGUAGAUCAAAUGAUGGAAGAUAUUGAAAAGAAAUUUAAUAGUGAAUUGUGCAAAGAUUCCCUUGUAAUUGCAUGUAGAUAUCCUCUUCCUAAUACACAUCCUAUUACAACAAUUGGACAAGGAAUUGACACUGUUUGGGUUUACAAGAUAUGUAAGAAUUGAACAGAGGAAUCAAAGGUAUGGAACGCGUCGGCCAGCCAGCUGCAUUAUC